UUCGGUGAAAAUUCAUUCAGUUGUCGGGGCUUCUCCGUUACGGAGAUGCUAGUCUAUCGCUACCGGCACAGCGUCCAACAUUGUUUUUCAAAAAAAUUUAAAAUACAUUCGAAAAUCUAAAUUCCCAGCGCACACACAUUCGGCAAAUAGUUUUCUUUUAUUUAAUUAAUUGCACUUUUUUGAAGUAGUUUUUCACAGAAAUUGACCAAAUCCAAGAUUGUCAUAAUGAAAGGUAGCAGCACCUUGAAGCCGAAAUCAGAGGACACACGUCGCCAGCGUGCUGAGCUUCGUCGUACCUAUGGUAAUCUGGUGUCCAAUAUAAAUUUAAGCUUAAUGCGUCAAAAGCAGAAAGCAUUGGCGGAACAGGCGGAGAGCAACGGCAGUCAAGUGGGUCCUGCUCCUGCUGCUCCAGCUCGUGCAGCUCCUACUGCAGCUGCUUCUACUGCUGCUGCUCCUACUGCUGUAGAGCCGCAUGAGGAAUAUUCAUUGCGUCGGAUUGCCUCGAGCUUUGCCCAUGUUUGUGACCUGCAAGGUGGCUGCUGUGAUGCCCUACCAGUGGAGGACAGUGAACAGGAUACCAAAGAGGAGCGCACCGAGGUGCUAAUACGUAGCCAAACUAUGAUAUCGCCAAUGCAGGCCUCGAGUGAAGCGCUUCCAACGGUUUCCAAUAAAUCAAUGGAGUUGCCGCUGGCCACCAAAGAGGAAGCCGUAGAGAAAUCCGAAAACAAAUUGACAAAAGUAAUGCCAUACACCAUGCAGCUGGAAUCGAGGGCCACCGAACGCUGGAUGCGUUUGGGCAGCACCGUAUCCGCCCUGUUCCGAGCUCGUCGCACCAUAGACGUUGUGGAAUCACCCAUGGCCCAGACCCGGCGGCUCCGGGAGCAGCGUGAGCUGCUCGAGGCUUUCACCCGACCAUUUUUGUACGAGCCAACUAGUCGGGAUUAUCCGGAGAUGGGAGCAAGGGGCACGACCAAUGAUCGAUCAUCCUAAGUUCCCAAGCAACAACAUGGCUUUCCUCCCAUUGAAAUUCUCCCAGAAAAUUGUCGAAUCAAAUUUAAUUCAUUGGACCUUGCUUCGUAGAUGGCAUA